GCGGUCAAGCUGUGUGUGUGGUGGGAACUCCCUCAGUGAGAGGCUGCGCUGCUGCUUUUGCUGCUGCCGCCGCAGAUCCUGCCGUUUUUUUAAAUAAAAAAAAAAAGAAAAUAAUAAUAAUAUUAAACAAAAACACGUUUCUUUACUGUCUCCCCUCCGUGUGACGCAGACAUGCGGGUCACAGUGUCCUCUGGGGCUCCUCUGCUUAUGCUGCUCCUGGCUCUUCAACAGGUGCUGAGUGUGGAUCUGCAUGACGUCCAGGAGAAGCAAUUGAGUCUGGCCAAGAGGAGACUGACCCUGCAGAGCACAGUGGAGAUCCAGAGCUGUCUGGUGAGUUCAGGGGACGUGGGCUGUGGGACGCUGCAGUGUUUCAACAACAACUCCUGUGAAAUCCAGGGACUUCACCACAUCUGCCUCACGCUGCUGCACAACGCCGGCCACUACGACUCGCAGGGUAAGUCUUUCGUGAAAGAUGCGCUGCGGUGCAUGGCCCAAGGGCUUCGACAGCGCUUCAGUUGCGUGAGCCGUCGAUGCACAUCCAUAAAAGAGAUGGUGUAUUCACUCCAGAGAGAAUGCUACUCCAAACACCAGCUGUGCCUGGCUCUGCGGGACCACAUGGACACCACGGGGAACCUGGUCCAGUUCCAGCUGAUGUUCCCUCCGGGACCCUACGUGGAGCUGGUCAACUUCCUGUUAAAGUGCGACGACGAGGUCCGGUCAUGGGUCAGCCGGCGUUUGCGUGGACAGUGCGAGCAACACUGGGGGGCGCUGUGUGGAAGUCUCGGCAACCCCUGCUCUCUCAGCCAACCGGGUGCUCAGCAGCAAGGCACCGCCCCGACACCCACCGUGCCGUGGCCCAUCACCGCUGCUCAGGGACAGGUGGCGGCGGACAACAGGGGCGGGACCAACAACAGGAUCAACAACGACACGACCAAUCCCGGCCAUCUAGCGUCAGAGAAAAUCAACGGGACGACUUAGUAGAGCGGCCGGAGACGCGGGUUCUCCGCUGGUGCAGACAGGGUACAGAGAUACAGACGCUCAUACACUUAUUACGAUUCUAUUCAGUAGUGGUGGUAGUUGAUGUAGUUUUACUAGUAUACUCAGUGUAGUUGGUUUAGUGCUGGUGAAAGUGAUGCAAGAUAACUUAUUUAAUCUGUGGACUUUUGUUUUUUGUUUUUUGUUUUGUUCUUUACAUUUGACUUUCUAAAAAAAGGAUUCAAACCAGUAAUCUACCUCACUUCAACACAACAAUAAAAACCACAGUGACUGUUACAGGAAACACCUAAACACUACAGGGAACGUGUGCUUAGCUCGAGUGCAGCUAAAGAUCAGUAUUCUACCUAUUUAAAGCUUUUUUUUUUAUUUAUCUGCAUUUUUGUUUGAUGCAGUGGAACAGCCUCAGUCUGACGUUCCUGUCGACCAGAGGAGACGGUCUCAAACGGUCAGUGGGUGGUUCUCAAACACGGGUCAAAAUAUCGUCACAUGUGACAGAACACAUUUAGAUUAGAUGGCUAACUAGUAAACAAUAUCAGAACGCAGCAGCAGAACUGGUAGCAUUAGCUGCUAGCCUCUUUUCUUAGGAUGACUAAUCUACUCCACAAAGACAGAGAAAAAAGAUUAAAACUUUUUUUAGAGACUGCGACCCGAUUUACCAGCACAUAAAAUUCACAAAACUUUUUCAACUAUUAAAAUAAAACUCAAAAGUCGAUGGUGAACGCUAACACAACAGCAUUCAGUACAUAAUGCUACAAUCGCAUACAGUUGACCUGAAGGAAUCAUCGCUGCUCCAACUUAAGAUCACACACCAGACCUUAAGGACACUGCCUUGAUGUUUGCUGUUAGCAAGCAAGUUGUACAUUGAAUGUCAUUUGUCAAAUUUAUUCAGGAAAUCACAGGAACCACAGGUUACCAACCCCCGGACCAGCAGAAGAAGAGAACUAGUCUCAUUAGUACCAAACAUCAACACUCUACUCUCCGUCCUGUCCUGAGACCCAGUUCUGGGUCAUGACUUUGGCCGUUUGAGUCACAGUCAGGGUGUAGUCUGCACUCUUGAAUGACGACAUGUUUGGAUAAAUGUGUAUUUUUGAUGUUGGACUUGAACAGUCACAUUUCAUACAAACACCCAGGUUUCAAGCUAUACUUUUGUAAGUUUUUAUUUAAAUGGAGCUUUUAAGAAAAAAAAUGUAGAUUUGUAAGCAGUUUUUAAAUGAAAAAUAAAUAAGCUAUAAUGACGAAA